UAAAGAUGAAAUUGCUCUGUGCAAAGCAGCAGAUGCAGUGGUCGCUGUGGGUUCACGACUACAAGAGAAGUACAGCAGAAGUCUGCCAAAUGUUAAAGUAGAGAUGAUUACUCCUGGGAUUUUGGAAAAGUUCUGCAGUGAAUCAACACCGCUGACUAUAGUGGCAAAGAAAUUCAAUGUUUUUAUGUUUGGCCGAUCAAGCUUUGAGGAUCUAACUCUCAAAGGUUAUGACAUUAUUGCAAAUGCCAUUGGCUCUCUUGGAAAGAAGUUUGAGCUGACCUUUGUUGGCUCAUCGACAGGUGAACACCGAAAUAUAGAACAAUGGUUUCUUGACAACUCAUGUAUAAAGCGCAACCAAUUAACUAUCCGUAGUUAUUGCAACGAGCAAGAUGAGCUUAGAAUGAUGUUCCGUGAGGCAGAUUUAGUAACAUUACCAUCCCGCACUGAGGGGUUUGGAUUGGUUGCCUUGGAAGCCAUUUCUGCUGGUGUGCCUGUUCUUGUAUCUGAUGAGUCAGGAAUAGCUGAUGCUUUAGAAGAGGUAGAGGGUGGAGAUUCUGUUAUUGUUGAUACUGAUAAUGCCGGGGAAUGGGCUCAAAGGAUCCAACAGCUGUCCAGCCAAACCCCAGAAGAGAGAGAGAACAAUGCCAAGCUGCUCAGAGAGAACUACAGGAAGACCUACUCAUGGAGCACAGAAUGCAAGAAGUUCAAAAGGGUGAUUCAGAAUUUAGUGGAAGGGUUACAUAUUAUUUGUAAUCCAGAUGAUUCUUACAAAAACACAACUGUACUAGCAGAAAGACCUGUGACCCAGUUUGCCGACCAAAAGGACACAAGUGACAAUGAUGACUUAGCAACAGCUCGCGUCUAUUACAUGGUGUCAGAAGUAAACCAAAAACGUCGGAAACAUGGCUUUAAGCGGCAUCAAAUGCCCGGUUAUGCAGUGGGAAGGUGACAACCUGGAAGAAAACUGGCAGCGUUUCAAGCGACACGUCAGGCUGAGGUUUACAGGACCUCUCAAAUCUGGAACAGAAGAAGAGAAAUGCAGCUAUUUGCUCAUCUGGGUCGGUCAGAAAGAAAGGGAUAUCUACAACACGUGGUCUGACAUCUCCGAUGAUGACUGUAAGAAAUUAGGAACAUACUACGAAUGUUUUGAGAGUCACGCAAGUCCCAAAGCAAAUCCUGUUUUCGCCAGGUUCAAAUUCCACAGUCAAGUCCAAGACUCAUCAGAAAUGGCAGAGAAAUUCAUCACGGCAUUACGAAUUCUAGCCCAAGAUUGCAAUUUCAAAGACCCAGAAGAAAUGAUAGGAGACCGAAUAGUCUUCGGAACAAACUCAGUCAAAGUCAGAGAAAAUCAGCCAUCUCCAUCCUUCAAGCCUCCCAGGGGAGUGAAAACUUGCAGGAACUGUGGCCGCCCUCACAAUGCGUCAGCCAAAUGCCCAGCACGUGGCCAGACAUGCUUCUACUCUAAGAAAUUAAACCACUUGCAGAAGUCUGUCAAUCCAAGUCCCGCAGACAACGGAUUCAUGCCAUAGAAGAUUCAGGAGAUUCUGCAGCUCCAACUUCCUUUGACUCCAUUGUUUUUGAAUCAGUUACCGUAGCAAAUUUAACACAUGGGGCACCAGAGCCAAGUCAAGAUGAAGUAUUUGUAUGCAUUCAAGUAAACCUGGUGUAGAGCGAUAACAGGAAGACCACACUAAGAGCCAAGCUUGACACUUGGGCCCAGGGCAACAUACUACCCAUGAGGCUUUAUCGUGAAAUGUACCCACAUCAAGUAGACAACAAUGGUAAACUCAAACCCAGUGCACUGUUGUCCUCGAAUGUUGUGCUCAGCGCCUAUGGAGGCUCGCAAAUCCAACACCAUGGCAUAGUCACCAUACCCUGCACUUAUGUGAAAGAGAGCACACUCACACCCUUUUACGUCACUGACAUCCCACGUCCAGCAAUCAUUGACCGGCCAACCUCCACUGACCUGAAUCUGCUACAGUUCAAUUAUGCUAUACAGACACAACAUCCCCACACCAGCAGU